AGGUUAUGUCACAUUAGUGUUUAUACUUUUAUGUUCCAGUUUUUAAUUACUUAACUAAGUAAAAUGUUUAGUUUACGCUUCAAAAAGGCUUCAUUGAAUCAAUAUUUGCUCAAAAAAACACUGCAGAGGCUCUAUGCAACGUCAAUUAAGCCCAUCGAAAAAGAGUCCACCUCCGAUGAGGAAUUUAAUAGAGAAUUGAAGAAAUAUGAUAGAUUAACGAAUAUUGCUACAAGAACUAGAGAGAAGAAGCCGCAAAGAGAGCCUUUCGUUAAAAAUCUAUUAAUAGGACAAUUUGAUAGAGAGAUAUUAACAUUUCCUGAAAUGGAACUUGAAGAGGUCAGAAAUGUAGAAGAAGCAGUGGAAAAGUUGAGCCAAGUAUUGCAACAAAGGCAUAUGGUUAAUGUUAAUUCUAUUGGAAACAAAAAUUUCCGGCAAAAUUUAGCAGAUCAUAGGGCAAUAGGCUUGCAAUCAUCUCAAUUUUUGGAUGGACGAGAAUGUUGUCCUAUGGAACUAAUGAGAUUUUUAGAUACUUUAUCUGAACAUAAAUUGGGAAACAGUUUGCUGCACAAUGAAAUGUUGGGUGUCCAGACUUUAAACAAAUUUGCAGACGACAAUUUGAAAAAGAAAUAUUUGCAUUCAGUUAUUAAAGGCGAACAGCUAUCUGCAUUUGCUAUGCAUGAGAUAGAUGUUAUGGAUAUUUUGAAAAUGAAUACCACAGCUGUUUUGUCUGAUGAUAAAAAAUAUUGGACUUUAAAUGGAACUAAAUCCCUUGUGGUAAAUGGAAUAUCUGCUGAUUUUGUGAUAGUUUUUGCUAUCACUGAUAAAGCUCAUGCGGGACAUGAUGAAAGCAACAGUUUAACAGCCUUUGUAGUUGAUAAAAGCACUUCGGGUGUAAGCUGGAAAAAAAUUGAACCUUCUAACAUUGAAAUGGCAGACAUUACUUUUGAUAAUGUUCAAGUGCCAGCAGAAAAUGUCAUAGGAAAAGUUCACCAAGCUGACAAAAUUCUUAGAUCGAUCAUUGGAGAUUUUAGAUUGAGUGCUGGUCCCGCUUGCAAUGCAAUUUCCAGGAGAAUGGUGCAAAAUCUGUUCAAACAUAUUGCUGAAUUAAGUACUACUGAAUAUAAUCUUGCUGAUACUGAUGCAAUGAAAUCCAAAUUAGGACAAGUUGCAAUGGAACUUUAUGCAGCUGAAAGUGUUACAUAUCUAACAGCAGGUUUACAAGAUUGGUAUGACGAACAAGAUGUAGAGGUUGAAAGUGCCAUUGUCAAGGUUUUCACUUCUGAAGCUGCCUACAGAAUUUCCACUAUUUGUCUAGAUCUUGUAGGUCAACAUGCAACUACUACAAAUCAUUGGGCAAGACAAGCCCAUGAAGAGAUACUUGAUUACCUCACUGUACAUGAAACUAAUGAAAGCCAGAGGAUGUUUAUGGCCCUGAAUGGGUUACAACAUGCAGGGAUAAAUUUGGCUGCAAAGAUUAAAAGAAUUAGAAAUCCCUUUUUCAAUGCCACAUACAGUUUGAUGCGGAUUUUUACUGAGCACCGUCAAAAUGAAGACAAACCCAAGUUGGAUUUGGAAUUGAAUGCCCAUCUGCAUCCAUCACUCUCUGAUCCCUCAAAACAGUUGGAAUAUUGUGUUAAAAGACUGGAAUUUGGUACAGAAAGACUUUUAGCUAGACAUGGCAUAGAAUGUAUAAAUAAACAUGCAGAUUUGAGGCGACUAGCUGACAUCAUGAUAGAUUGUUAUGUUUGUACUGCUGUUUUAGCCCGAUCAUCUAGGUCGUAUUGUAUUGGUCUCCAAUUUGCCGAUUAUGAAGUAUUAGCAGCAUCCAUAUACUGUAAUAUAGCUAUGGAAAGGGUUAGAACAGAAGUUAGAAACUUGUACUUUACUGAAUACAAAGCUACCGAUAGAAAUUAUAUUGCUUUUGGAAAGCGAGUGGUGCAAAGUAAAGGAUACUGCCUCACAAAUGCUAUAAGCAGGUUCUUUUAGGUAUUUUAAUUUAAAUGGACUGUUAAUUUGUCUGUUUACUUAAUUGUAUGAGGUCCACAAAAAUUUAAAAGAUACUGUUAAUGAAAAAAAAUAUAUUAGUUAUUGUAAAUAAAGCUUCCUUGUACAAAAUUAA